AAAAACCUCAAAGUAUGUCCCACACUCACCAUCAACACUGAGAUUACGCCCACAGGCUCUCGCUCGACAUAACUUUCACAAACCACGCCACAUAUACAAAAUCCCUGAACAUGCCACGAGCCACUCCCUCCCAAGCACAACAAGCUCCACCGCAGGAUACACAGACCCCUUCUACCUCUACAAUGCAGACGUUUUGGAAUACCUCUCACACUCGCCGACCUCUCUCUAUCGCUUAUCCAAGCUCAUUCUGCAACGUCUAUAGUGAGAAAGCCGGCGUAGAUAUGCACUGGAUAUCCGAGUUCGGGAUCCUAAACGUAUUCCUACUCCCAGGCCCAGUACCCACCGAUAUCUUCACGCGAUACGCACACCUGACGGGAACAGCGCCCCUUCCAGAGGCCACCGAAACUUCAUGACGGGAGGCCCCUGGCCCACAACCGCGUUGCUGAUGAUUGUUUAGAGAAAAACCAUUGUGGUUUGUAGCCUUAGUAACUAGUUCGA